AUGUCGGGAUUCGGCAAUUUCGGCCCCUUUUGUGAGGGUUCAACCUUGCCAGUGUGCAAUGUUCUGAACAAGAACGGCAAGGACCAAAGGGGGGACUGGGGAGGGUGCAACCUAACGGGCAUCCCACUACCUAAUAACCAGUACCUCGGAAACUUGGGUGUGAUUUUGGUAUGCGUUGUCGCGAUUGUGGUGGCGAUAUAUCUGCUGCUGCGGUCAGAGCGCAAGAAGGCGGCGGUGGGACGAAGAGAGAUGCAACUGUUUCUGCUGGGCUACAUUGUGAUCCAAAUCUGCGAGAUCUUCACUGUUGGUGAAAUCUCACCUUUGUCCGAAACAGUUCGGGUGGCAUUUACUGGUAUUCAUAUCGGCUUUAUCAUUGCGACAACAUGGGUUCUCAUGCUCAACGCAGUUGUGGGCUACCAGAUCAUUGAUGAUGGGACGCCUUUGUCUCUUGGGCUACUGGUGCUUUCGGCCCUAGUUCUCUUGAUCGGCACCGGGUACAUCACUCUAGAUACGGGCUUUGGAUGGACCGGCUACUGGAACUCGAGCCAGCAGGCGCCCUACAGCCACAUCGCUCUCUACGUACUGUACCAGCUGGCCCCUCUCAUAUUCAUUGUGGCCUUCUUUGUACUGGAGGCCAUCCUGGUCUUGAGAGUACUCCAGGAGACGAAGCCUAUGAUUUACCUAGUGGCCGCUGGCCUCCUGUUCGCUUUGGGACAAAUCUUCAACUACGUUGUCAGCCGGUACAUUUGCAACGGCACGAACGCCAGGAUUGACGGAUCCCUCUUCCAGACCAUCUUCACCCUGGCGUCAGUUGUCAUGGUAUGGAUAUUCUGGUCAAGCAUCACGGAGGACGACUGGCCAAUGCCCGUGGGUUCAACUUACCCAUAG